AUGCGGCCGUACCGUUGUACUCUGUCUUCCACCUACACGCAAGCAAUCUGUCCAAACGGCACGGUUUCCGCAGAUAAAAAACGACUUUGCGGAUGGAGAGGGACUGGGAAUCAGACACGUGGGCAGCAACAACAACAGCAGCAGCAGCAACAACAGGCGCAGCAACAGGAGCAGCAUGGGGGGGAACAAAUGCAGAGUGGGGGGGGACGAACUCAGGGCGAAGCAGAAGAAAGCAGUCUUCCUGCCGCUGCAGUGUCAGGCAUCGCAGCCUUAACACCAGAGGGGAUGCAAGAGGCCUCCCUAGCAUGCACGACGCGGUCGACGGAGUCCAGCAGCAAACCAACUGUCUGUACACCCCAUUUGUUGUCGCCGGGUGCCGCCAGUGCUCCUCUUGCUGCUCCGCCUUCAGCAGCAGAUGAAUUUAUGCUUUUUUCGUUGACUGACGAGCCGACUGCGCCAGAAGCAGAUCUGGGGACCGCCGCAGACAGCAGCUUCUCGAGAGCGAUCCUUGGAGCCUCAGCCGGUGUGUCGGAGACAGCAGCCACCAGCGUGCCGAGCAGCAACAGCGUCUCAGUGAGCCCUCCAGAAAUGGCAGUAUUGGAAAGCUUUCCUCCGCCUACACCGGCUCCUCAUUCGCCUCCAGCAGCAGCAGCCACAGCCACAGCCACUGCAGCAGCAGCAGCAGCAGCUGAGUCAGCCUCUGACGCUCCUCCGCUUCGCGGUUUCAAGACUGAGGUUGAAAAGGAGGAAUUCUCAAGGGCGAGCGCUGAGUCUCCAAGUGCGCAGCAGGAGGGGGCAGCUUCUGGGGAUGGCAGACGCUCGACAGAUCUUGGAGGCCUCUCUAGAGAGGAGCAGGAGAAAACGCAGCAGCAGCAGAAGCAGCAGCAGAAGCAGCAGCAGCAGAAGCAGCAGCAGCAGAAGCAGCAGCAGAAGCAGCAGCAGCCUCGCAGCAGCAGCAAGCGACACACUGUAGAGGAUACUGCGUUCGAGGAUUUCGGGGCGUUCUCAUCGGCACUUUCGGAUAGCGGUUCAGAAGGAUCGCCGCGCUGUCUUCAGCAGCUGCAGAUACUACGGCAG